AUGUCAAUUGCCUAUAUAACCGGCGGUCAAUAUGUUCCCAUGCAAAAUGCAAAAUUACUUGCACAAGUCAUCAUUGGCGGUGUUAAAGAAGAAAUUUCAAUUGAAAAAUUGAUGCAAGAUGUCCAGGAGGAUAUCGAAAAAGAAAUGAAACAAGCCGAGGCAGAAGGAGUAAAUGAAGAAGAAAUAGCAACACGAGUUAAUCAUAUGCUGUUAGCAAAAAAUAUAAAGUCAAAGCAAUUUCAAAGUCCAACAAGCAUAUCAGUGGCAGCCAAAGAACAGUAUUCGAAAUAUAGUGAUAUGGGAGAAUUGAGAAAAAAUUACAAAAUCGAACCAAGUUCAUACUCGGCCCCUGGACAUGCAACGAAAGAUAUGAGUUACUCACGGCGUGCGGCAAAAAGUAAACCAGCGUCAUAUAUUGGUGGACUCCUGUCAUCAUUGACAGGCGAACAAAAGAAAACGACAGUGGAAGAGUCCGAGGAUGCACCACCGACAGAAAUGACAUACGGUUUAAAAGAAGAACAAGAUAUAAGCAUGGAACAAACAGAACGUAUCGUACAAAAAAUGAGAAGUCGAAAAUAA